AGAGCCGGGGCGCAGGGCUUGGGCCCCUGGGAAAAUAGCGAUAGCGUGAAAAUAGCGAGCGGAGCGCUCCGCGCUUCCCGGAGCUGCCGGGGAUUUCUGCCUCCCGGGGCACAGCCCGUUUAAAAGGCUUUCGCUUCAAUCCGUCUCUCCUCGCGGCCUGUAAACAUCCUGACCAAGGGAGUAAAUAUGUCGGAGGAUGUCUGACUGCCGGGGCACGGCCGCCUCUCCCGAGGAGAGCCCCUGGGGUCGGGAGACGGCUGUUUGGUGGCCCCCCCGAGCUCCUCCGACCGCGCACCCUCUCCGAAUCAUGCCGGGUUGUCGGUCUCGACCGCGAUAUAACGGAGCUCUCCUUGUUCCUGUGCUCGCAGAUCUGACCUCCUUAUUAACUACGAGCCGCCAAACUGGGGUUCAUCUCCCCAACUUGCAGCCUUCCGCCGGCCAGUUCUUCGCGUCUCUAGACCCCAUUAACGAGGCCUCUGCUAUCCUGGGUCCCUUAAACACAAACCCAAGGAGCUCAGUGCAGCACCAGUUUCAAGACACUUUUCCAGGUCCGUACGCAGUUCUAACCAAGGACACGCUGCCCCAGACGUACAAGAGGAAACGCUCCUGGUCCAGGGCUGUUUUUUCCAACCUGCAGAGGAAAGGCUUAGAAAAACGGUUCGAAAUCCAGAAGUAUGUCACCAAACCGGACAGGAAGCAACUGGCGGCGAUGCUGGGGCUGACAGAUGCUCAAGUGAAGGUGUGGUUCCAGAACCGGAGGAUGAAGUGGCGGCACUCCAAGGAAGCGCAGGCCCAGAAGGACAAGGAGCCGCCGCCGGAGCCGGAACCGGCGGCCCAGCGAGCCGGCGCACCGCCCGCCGCCCCCGGGGAGUCCGAGCGCAGCCCCAGCCGCUCCGACGGCGACAGCGACAGCAGCGAAGCCGAGUCCCUCGAUAUGGCCCCCAGCGAUACGGAACGGACUGAGGGCGCCGAGCGGAGCCUGCCCGCAGCUGGGCUGGGCAAGUCCUCCGGCAGCCCCGGCCUGCCCUCCCCGCCGCCGCCCGCCGCCGCCAGCCCCGAGCCGCGGAGCGGCCUAUAGUCGGGGCGGCCCGGGACCUGUGCGCUAAUUUAUCUCCCUUCCCUCGCCCCGGGAGCGCGGCAAGGCCGGCCCAGCACCGAACCUGGCCCCGGCCCACUCCCGCCUGUGGCCCGCGCCCGGCCCGGCCCGCGGCGAGGGGCCGAGCACGCAGGCGGAGCGGGGAGCCCUGGCCCGGGGGAGGCAGAACGUAAGCGGCCGCCUUUCCCUCAGAGCUGCUCGCAGGAGACCGGGGAAUUUUUUUUUUUUGUUUUCUUUUCUAUUUUAUUUUUUAUUUUAAUUCUGCGUUUCCCGCCCCUCGUUCUCUCCAAGGAAAAUCCGAGCGAGGGAAUGCGAGAACGCUCUCCGAAAUCCCCACCUUUCUCCGCCCCACCCCCCAACCAAUUUACAAUGUGAAGUAUUUUGCCAACGUCCUCAUUGGUUGCAACUUGUUGCUUCGAAUAAUCCGGCCAAGAAAUACUGCACUGACAAAAUAUAUAAAUAUAUAUAUAUAUAUAUAUAUAUAUAACUCCUGUAAAUAAAAUGUUUGCUAUGGUUUGUA